GGGGUAGACAGUUGUGAUUUAGAGCAUCCACUGAAGGGCCGAAUAUGUUAUCUACGGUUGCACGUGGUCUGAUACUAAUCUGCGCAGUUGCUUCCGCAGUAAGUGCGCCUCUUAGCCAAACGGAGAAUGAUAAAUCUGGAUCCGAAAACCAUAAACGCAAUGCCGAGGAUUUAGCAAGUGCCGCCAAUGACGAGGUUAACGUGGGGAUGAAUCUUCAGGAGAUCAUGUCUAUUUGCAAUGAAAGUUUCCGUAUUAAUUUCGAAUAUAUGGAGGAGUUCAACAAUUCAGGGUCCUUACCAGACGAAACAGACACGACACCUAUGUGCUUCAUGAGAUGCGUUCUCGAAAAGGCCCAAGUCCUGAACAACGGCAUCAUUGAUAAAUUUAAGGUAACAACUCUUUUAUGGCCGGCAACUGGUGAUUCCGUGGAGGUUUGCCAAGCUGAAGGUGGUAGACGAAGAACAACACCCCUGUAAGAAGGCGUAUACCAUCGCCAAGUGUAUGAUGAUCAGAGCCUUGGUUGAUGCUAAGAGUAAACAGACCGAUUGAAGAACUAACGCAAAUUGUGCAUCACAGAACGGUACCGUCCAAUACUUUGUAGUGGCACAUAAAUGCUAGAAAUACAUAAUAUUUGAAGCA